AUGUCGAAGCCUUUCGACCCCGAGACCGCGGAGAACUUGGAGGAUAUGGAGAAGCAGUUCGCUGUCAAGGCCGUCCAGCACUUGGAGACAUACUGGGAGAUCCUGAAAAAGGUCCCCGGCUCCAAACUUCGACUGACCAAGAUUGACGACGAGAUUCACGAGCACUUCAAGAAGGAGUUCCCUGACUUCGACCCCGCCGCGACUAUCGAUGAAGACAAGAUGAAGAGCAAGGAGGGCAAGGAGAAGUGGCGCAACUGGAUCAACCAGUAUGAGGGCAAGAUCAACGACUUCAACUUUGGAACGAUGCUCCGAUCGAGCCCCAAUGUCGAAUAUGACAGAGACACUACGAUUUUUGCUAUGCGCAUGCAGUUCUACGCUAUCGAGAUCGCUAGAAACCGCGCCGGACUGAACGACUGGAUCUACGAAAGGGCUCAGCAGAAAUAG